AUGGAGGGAGUGACGCAGGAGGAACGAUGUCAUCAUGGUCUUCUACGCCCGCUUCCUGAAAACUCCUCGAUUUCAGGAGCAAAAGGGAAAACAUGGGUGUCUGCAUUAAUCUGCAUCACCACCGACUUGGGAGACUCGUUCCUCGCCCAAGAUGUGGACUUGAUCGCUACACUGGCCGUUGAACACCACUCCAAGGUAUUACAUGAAAAAAGCCUGACAUGGGAGGCAGGCAAUCGACAGCUUGCGUUGUCUCUGGGACCAUUCUCAUCCCACGUGGCUCAGCAAAAGUUGAUCUUGGCCAUUCGACCCCGGGAAUCUGGUAAAACGCAAUUGCUCUCAAGCGAUCCAUUGGGAGCAACCUCUACGCCCCUGCUGUUCUCGGGAUGGAGUGCCCCAUUUGGGCCAGGGGAUAUGCCGGCUGAAAAACUAGUCGAGCGACGCCUCGGCCUUAAGGACAAUCCCGAGCUCAGAAUCUGGGAGGAAACUGGCAACAGUAUUGCCCGGCACAUCUGGGAUGCGGCACUCGCAUCGGUAAUUUAUCUUCACCAGACGAUCAACGGCUCGGAGGGCAUCCCCUCUCUUCGUCGUCUCUUGGUCGAUGAAUCCCCCACGCCUCUGCAAAUAGUGGAAUUGGGGGCAGGAUGUGGCAUUGUGGGCAUUGCCUUGGCAGCGAUGCUCCCUUGCUGCUCUGUCUUACUCACCGACCUCCCUGAGGCCCAGGAGAUUGUAACACACAAUAUCAAUGUUGCCCGGUCGGCACCCAUGUCGACCAUCGACUUCCGGACCCUCGACUGGGACGAGCCCCCGGACUUGUGCGGCCGCCCCAUUGAUUUGAUCCUGGUCUCAGACUGUACCUACAAUGCCGACAGCUUGCCCGCGUUAGUGUCUGUACUCGACCGAUUGGUCCGGAGCUCCCCGGACGCAAUCAUCUUGGUGGCUCUGAAGAGGCGGCACGACAGCGAAGCCAUCUUCUUCGAGCUGAUGCAGUCUGCAGGAUUUGACCCCCUGCAGGCCACCAUUGCACUCCCCUCGCAACAUGAUCAAGUAGAUCAGAUCGAACUGUAUUGCUACAGCCGUGCCCACUGA